AUGCCAUCGGAACGCUUGACCCUUGUGCGAAGUAAAAGCAAUCCUCCGCGAGGAUUUUCUGGUUCCAGCCCACGCAGACAACGCCGUGGAGCCCCUCGCGGCACACACCCCGCUUCGUGGCUCGACCCGAAGCCGUGGCAGCCGUCGUUGGACCGAGCGUGGAAAAUGCCAGAAAGGAAACCACGAGAAAAUAAAUCUAAGAACAACGAACCGCCCCAACAGACUGGCGAAAUAGACAAAUCCAAGCAUCCUUGCCUUGUACAAUUUUUCCCCCCCAACCUCCACCUCCAAUUCCCGAACAGCCUUAUGGACAAAGUCAACUCAGUCUCUGACAACCUUUCCAUCGUUUUUACCACCGGGCUCCUGCACGGCGAUCACCGCGAUAUGUCUGCUAAGUCUCGCAAGAUAAUUAUAACCUAA